AGUCUUUUUAACGUCGUCAUCGUUACAAUGCUGCUUUUCUUGCCGGAAAUAUCAUCAACUCCACUUCCGGAACCGUUCCCAUCCUCAACAGCCUCUUCAGUGAUGACGUCGAAUGACGUCACUUCCCAGGUACCCUUGCAGCUCCAAUCAGUGAAGUCUACUGCGCAUGCGGACUCUGGGUUUCAGCAGUCCAAGGUUGAAGUUCUCGAUAAUGCCGUACAGAUCAGUAUACGACUAUUCACCAAAGUCAACGUCACAUUUGAGGAUUUCAAGAUCAGCAGGUUUGGCGACCCUGACUACAGCCAUCCAGGGGACGAGGUUCCCGGUCUCAUGCUGCCUGGCCCAUACAACGAUGGUUUCUUCGACAUGGACGAUGAAGCGCGCCUGUCCGCCAUCUACAGCAGCAUGUACGUGGCGCGGCGGUACCUGUACGAGAUGGAGUGGGACGCUGUGCUGGAGGAGGGGACCCACUCCAGCCUCGCUGCCAACCUCACCGCCUGUCGGCAUCAACUGCAAACGUUCAUAACAGCCAUCAAUGUCACGAUAGACGUGCUUGAUGUGCAACAUCCCGGCAGACCCUCCUACGUCAUGGAACCGGAUAUGCAGGACCCGCCCUCCGAGUACCUGCGUCAUAUCCGGGACUUCCUGGUACUGCGAGACUUCAGGGUUGCUGUCGAAAACAGCUACCAUCAUUUAUAUUUCAUGUAUGAUAAAUAUGCAUGGCAAGACUAGACACAAAUGGUAGCACCUAUGGUGCCUACAGAUGUUAAAGAAUGUGCGAAUCCUUCCAGUGAUUCUCCUUGUAUUAUGCUCCGAGAGCACGGUUAUUUAUACACGUAUGCAUUAAAUGCAUCUUUUGACUAGAAUAUCAAACUGCAUAACGUAGCAUCUAUUACUAUGUGUUUCUGAAGGGUAUUUCCAACGUAUUUAUGCCUGUAUUUUGUUGUAUGGCUUAAUUAUACACAUUUGUGUUAAACACAUUCAUAAGUUGUGAAUUUUGGCACCGUCUCCUGGUAGAUAUUUGCAGAUAAGUAUUCGUACUUUGCAAAGAUAAAAGAAUGAGAUAUUGAGAUUUCUAACGUUAGAAGGAAAUGAGCUCGUGGGUCAAUGUAUAACUACAAUGUACUUGUAAUGAGUGCAAUGUCAAAUGUGAGGAACUGUACCAAAUUACGUAUAACGUUACACAGGUAAAGUUUCUACGUGAGAGCUUUUGUACUGUGGCAAGUAUUAAAUCUAUA